CACGAAACCACGUCACCUCCCAUCUUCUCUUCUUCCACAACAACACCUCGCCAUUCCGCCACUUUUCGUCGCAAACAUCACCUUCUCCAUCAUCCUUUGGAUUAAUUCGAUUCUGCAGCUUCAGAAAGCUCGAACGCGUCACUUUUCCCUCAUCUUCAUCCAUCCGCCAAGCGUCAAAAUGGCCCGUGAAGGCACCCGCUCCCAGACCGGCAACUCUAAGCCGCGUCUCUUCCCCGUCGUCGACACCGCUCCUGUUCGCAAGCAAAACACCACGACUACCACGACCGCGAAGAAGCCCAAGACCACUUCUACUGUUGCCAAGGCCGCAAAGCCCGUCGGCGUCACCAAGAAGAAAGCUACCACCGCCAAGAAGGGCCCUUCUGUUACUACCAAGGUAUGUUCGCGAUGCACUCUGCCUUGCCUCUCUUCCUGAGGCGCGCAGCUCUCCACCGCAACCACCUGCAACUUCUCCUACUUCUCCGGAUCACAAAUCUUACCCGGACAUGCUUCUAUGAUUUUUUUUCUGUGUUUGAAAAGCUUGGGCACGAAACUCGCGCGUCCUAGACGAGAUCCUUACCCCUGCCCAACCCCUACGAUCAGACCCUCUUCUUCUAGCCAAGUCAGUAGCCAAGAAGGC